UACAGUAAAUUCUCAAGCCGCUAUAUUGUACGUGGAUGUGAUUGCUCCUCGAUACAAGAACGCUGAGAAGCAUGUAUUGUGGAUUACGCGCGGCACAGCCGUUGCCUUAGGAACUUCCGUGACAGUGUACAGUAUGCUUUGUGCACACAUGGGAUCUGUGACAAGGGCAUUUCUAAUGGUCUACAACGGCAUGACGGCACCGUUUGUUGGCUUGUGCCUACUGGCUGUCCUCUUUCCUUUUGUUCACUCAAAGGGAGCUGGAGUGUCCACACUUCUAAUGGUUGUGUACCAAUUGUGUCACACUACCGCUGUCAUCCGAAGUGGGAGGAGGCCACCCAGGAUGGAUAUGUCGCUUGAGCACUGCCAUGCAAACUACAGCGAGCUUCCUUUCACUUUCAACGCGACUCGCUUUGCACCGCAAACUGAGCGAAAUAGGACUUAAACAAGGCAAAGAACACCUUUCCUCAGAUUAUGCGGUGAAGGUCUGGCAAAAAACAGGCCUGUUACAUCGUAUACAAAAGCAGCAGGAAGACACGACCAAAGAUAAUAGAGCUUUGAACCAAGAAGAUGAUAUGGACAUUGAAGCAAUGCUGACGAUCCCGAACGAGUCAUCACUGUAAAACAAUGAAGAAUAAAGAAGUGUCAC